AGUUCUUUUACUUCUUUCUAUAUAAGUAUACAACACAUCUCCCCAAUUUCUUUGUUAGAACCGUUUCUUUUCUCUCAUUCUUUCUUCAGAUCCAAAAGGUACAAUGGCAGGAGGAUCAAUGGCCCCAACACCAUUGUUGAAAGAUGAGCUUGAUAUAGUCAUACCAACAAUUAGAAAUCUUGAUUUCUUGGAGAUGUGGAGACCCUUUUUUCAGCCAUACCAUUUAAUUAUUGUACAAGAUGGUGACCCUUCUAAGAUCAUUAAAGUACCUGAAGGAUUUGAUUAUGAGCUUUAUAAUAGGAAUGAUAUUAACAGGAUUCUUGGUCCUAAAGCCUCUUGUAUCUCUUUUAAGGAUUCUGCUUGUAGGUGCUUUGGUUAUAUGGUGUCUAAGAAGAAGUAUAUCUACACCAUUGAUGAUGAUUGCUUUGUUGCCAAAGACCCAUCUGGCAAAGAUAUCAAUGCACUUGAGCAACACAUUAAGAACCUCCUUUGUCCUUCCACUCCACAUUUCUUCAACACUCUCUAUGAUCCAUACAGAGAAGGUGCAGAUUUCGUUCGUGGCUACCCUUUUAGUAUGCGCGAGGGUGCUCCCACAGCUGUUUCUCAUGGUCUUUGGCUCAACAUCCCUGACUACGAUGCACCUACUCAACUUGUCAAGCCACGUGAGAGGAACACGAGAUACGUAGAUGCGGUCAUGACAAUUCCAAAAGGCACUCUGUUCCCCAUGUGUGGAAUGAAUUUGGCAUUCGACCGUGAGCUGAUUGGACCUGCAAUGUACUUUGGGCUCAUGGGUGAUGGUCAGCCCAUUGGUCGUUACGACGAUAUGUGGGCCGGCUGGUGUACCAAGGUGAUAUGUGACCAUUUGGGACUGGGUAUCAAGACUGGUCUGCCUUACAUAUGGCACAGCAAAGCGAGCAACCCUUUUGUUAACCUUAAAAAGGAGUACAAAGGCAUCUACUGGCAGGAAGAGAUCAUUCCAUUUUUCCAGUCUGCAACUCUUCCUAAAGAUUGCACAAGUGUUCAGCAGUGCUAUAUCGAACUGUCAAAACAGGUCAAGGACAAACUUUCCAAGGUAGAUCCUUAUUUCACCAAGCUAGCGGAUGCCAUGGUUACAUGGAUUGAAGCCUGGGAUGAGCUCAACCCCACCACGGAAGGCUUGGCUAAGCUAUCCAUCUCAAAUGGCCCGGCAAACCUAUAAACUGAAGCAGCUUUAGGAUGCAACUUAUCGGUACCUAGCCAUCCUAUUAUCUAUUGCGGUGGCUAUCAACCUACUGUGUUGUUCCUGUAUUAUUCAGAGUUGGGACUGGUUACUUGAGGUUGGUUAUGUUUCUAUGAAAUUCACAUAGAAGCGGUGAGUGAAACACACACACACACACACAAAAACUGGUCUCAAGAUUACGAAUUAGAGGGGUGGAGAUUUUAUGCGUGUUCUCAUUAUGAGUCAAUGAGAUUGGAUGAUUCUGAAUAAUUGUAAUAUAGCAGGGCUCCAACCUCAACUCUUUUUAUGAUAAGUGGAUUGAAAUUUGACCA